UUGUUGUCCCAAUCAAAAUCCUUGGUAUAUGCAAGGCGGUUUAAAAUCUUUUUGCUAUGAGAGCUCAUUUUAUUACCUGAGAAGCAGCACCUUUCGGCUUCAGGUCGCUCGAUUUGAUAUGACCAGCCGCAACAUGUGGAGAGUACUAGUGGUGGAUAAGCCAAGAUGCAUAAUCUUCUACUAGGUCCUGAUGCCAGCUGUUGACCUGAACAUGGAACCAUGUCGACUGGGGAAGGAGGAUGUACUGGUGCCAAGAGACCUCAUUGAAAAACCUGAGGUUUUCCAGGAUGUCCUGAGUCUGGAGACCUGGAACAGUGUGUUGUCAGCAGAGCAGAGGCAGCAUCUCAGUAAAUUCCUUCCCACAUUCCCUGAAAACAGCGCCCAGCACAACGAAGAAACUCUCAGAUCAUUGUUUUCAGGAGAAAAUUUCAAAUUUGGAAAUCCUUUGCAGUCAUUUCAGAAACAGCUGAAAGGUGGCUACUUGUUUCCAGCCAAUGCCCGACUGAAAGCCAAGUGUCAGAAGGCCAAGUUCAGAGACUACAAGUUCCGCCAGCAGAGAUACUACCAGAAACUACUGAAGGAUGUCAUCAUUUCCAGAGAGAGAGUCCUGCAGUCUGCCCUACAGAAUGGUCCAGACUACCGGGUGCCUCCCCCUCCCCACCCUGACCAGCAGGGUCGGCCGUGCACAGAUCCUGUACAACAGAGAGCCUCCAGAACCUACCACAAGAUACUACAGGAAGUAAAGGAAGAGUGCGGGGUGGAUGAUAACACAUCCUCUGAUGAGGAAGGAGAGGCUCCCCAGGAGGCGAGCAGUCUGCUGAGUCAGCAGGUGUCCAUGUUGUUUGGAGACUCCCCUCCCUCCACUCCCAGGGUGGUGUCUACCAUGGCACCCAGGCCGAAAGGGACAGAUCUCGGGGCUUCAGGAGCCUCAACAGUUGCCCAGCCCCCUCCCCCUGCCCCACCCCCUCCCCCCACUCCCACUGACCAGGACAUCACCAAAAUGCUGCUCAGGCACAAGAGAAGACGAACAGAGCAAGAGGAUGCACCAGAGCUGGACACACAGGGCAUGAGCCUUAACGAAGUCAUCCUGAGAACCAACCGUAGACCCACUCUACCCAGGCAAUUGAUGCCGUCCUUUUCACCACCUGUGGUGAAGAAGAAGGAGAAGAAGGAUCGCCCCAGGAAGAAGCCCAAAGCAGAGCCCAAGGUGGAGGAGGACCCGUCCUCCCUCGGUGCUGCUAACACUGGAGGUGUGACGUCUACACAGACAGGGGUGCUGACUGGCAAACUAAAGUCUGUGGGAGGAAUGUAUGUCAGUUUUUUCGUGCUGCUCAAGUCCAUUCUACAGCGUUCAGCAGAACAGACUCUCAGUAUCAGACAGCUGGAGGAGUAUGUGCGAGACUGGCAGUCAGCUCCCACCAGCCUGCUGAACGCCUGGUACUCCACACACAGGGACUGGUCUCAACUGGUUCUACCUGCCCUCAGACUACUGGCUGGCAAAUCCAAUGCAUUGCCUCCAUCCUUCAGCCCCUGUGUGGAGUACAGGAACGGAACUCAGGACUGGAAAUGGAUAGGACAAGCCUCAGAUUCAGACUUGACAUUAUUGUGUAAACAGUGGCUACAGGGACUGGGUCUGAACCAGAAACAGGAGACAGAAGGAAAACAGAGCUCACCUGUUCCUCCUCCCAGAAUGAGAACUGAUUAUGUUGUCAGGCCAAGUAACGGGCAGGAAAAGGAGGAGUUCAGGAAGCAGGAGGAAGCCCGUUACCAGGGGCCCCACAAACCCUUCACAUACCGCAUGCACGGUUACGAGGCUGUGGUGGGACCGGUCAAGGGAGUGAAGGGAAAGGAAACCACCUUUAACAAGGCCAGGGAACACUCCCUACUUGUGCCUGAUCGCCCAGCUUGUGUCACAAUACUCUCAUUAGUUCGAGAUGCAGCAGCAAGGCUUCCAAAUGGGGAAGGUACCAGGGCGGAGAUUUGUGAGCUGUUGAAGGACUCCAGCUAUCUGGCUAAAGAUGCAACUGACUCACAGAUCAAUGCUGUAGUGAGUGGAGCCUUAGACAGACUGCACUAUGAGAAGGACCCUUGUGUAAAGUACGACCCUAUCAGGAAGGUGUGGAUCUACCUGCACAGGAACAGGACAGAGGAGGAUUUCAUGAGAAUCCAUGAGGUGGAAAUGGAGGCAGCCAGACAGAAGAAAGCAGCUCAACAGAAGCAGAAAGCUGCCAAGAAAUCCAAGCAGCCUGCCAUUGUGAGCUCCACAGCCAUGACUACAUCUGUAACAGCUACGUCUGCAACUGUGACAGCACCUGCAAAGACAGCUGUGAGCUCAGAGCUGACCAGGUGCAAGUCUGCACCAUCCACACCUUCACCCAAGCCUCCAGUCCUCCCACCAGGUUUCCAGAGUAUCUCGCCUAUCCCAACAUCCCUGACCUCAAGUCAGCCUAGUUCCCAGCCGAGUUCAAGUCCAACAUCAAGCCUGCCGACACCCGCUGCCCUGAAGCCAACCCUGCCACCAUCACCACUGGCACAGGAACCAGCCAAGAAGUCUGCCCCCCAGCCUAAACCACGAGUGUCCCUCGACCUCCAAGUCCCACGGCUGAAGGUGGCCCAGCCUGUACAGCUGAAGGUAGCAGAGCCGCCUAGGGCACCCCUGACACACAGGCCCUCCACAAAGCCUGGACUGAGACUAGUCAUGCCUCCACAAGGCCUGCAGGCUGCAGAAAGUGUUCUGUCCCCACCAGUGACAGGGACAAGUGCUGUCAUCACAAAGCCACCCCGCAGUGUGCUGAAGACCCCUCCUUCAUCCAUGGUCGGCAGCACAGGAACAUCUCCGCCCGUGGUGACUUCUGUGAUUGUGACAUCAGGCAAACAACAGAUCCAGAUCCCUGUAGUCCAGCAUGUGCAGCAGCCCCAGGUCAUCUCCCCUCCUCCCAUGCAGUCCCCCAUCAGGGCCUCCCCCACUGUGUCCUCUGCAGGACCCUCCCCCACAGCCCCCAUGGUUCAGAGCCCCACAGCACAGGGCCUUAAGAUAGGUGCAGCUGGGGCAGGGCUCACCAUCAGCCCAGAGGGGAUUGGGAUGAUUCCCUCCACUAGUGGGGCAGCUAACAUAGAUGUGAAGAAAGCUGGUGUGACGAGUCCUACUACCCAGAUCCUGACCAUCCCGCUGACUCAGCCAAUCCAACUCAGCCAGCUCAGCCCAGGCCUCCUGAAGGGUGCAGCUAUCACCACUCCUACCAUCCUGCGUGGCACCCUUCCUACUGCCAGUCUAGCAGGGUUGGGUAAAAGUAUUGUUCUAACUAAGAUGCCAGUUGGCACUAAGAUUGGGCCCAUUGUCACAGGGAAGCCCCUGAGCUUCAUAACACAGCCUUUCCAGAUCCAAGGACAGAGCCAACUGCCAGGGUUUGCCACUGUGAUAGGCCAAGUGCCUGGGCUGAGUGUUCAGGGGGCAGGGCACGGACCUGGAACUGCCGCUUCUGGUCAGGCACCUGCAGCAAGUGCAGCAGGACAGCCUCAGCCGGCAACACCAACCACAACACCUGCAGCUGUGCUGCAACAGGCACAAAACAUUGGUGCAGCAGGGCAGACCCAGCAGAUCCAGACACAGUCUCCCUCUGCAUCAGGGCAGCCUUCUGCACUCCCUACACCCACCAUCCAGGCACAGACCCUGGCAUCACUGGGACAGCCCAGAACUGGUGCCCAGCAGCCAGCAGUGUCAAUAACUGGGCAUCCCUUUUCCCGUGCCACUCCAACUUUCCUACCCUCUGCAGUAGCACAGUCUCUAGGAAUCAUAACAACGCUCCCUCCUAACUUAGUCAUGACCAAGUCUGUCACAACCACACAUCUCACACCGGCCAAGGGUGUCCUGACAGGUGUGGCUGUGUCAGCUGUCCCAGGAGCCACCAGACCAGCUGUAUCAGGUGCCACCAUGACAGCUGUGUCAGGUGCAGCACCAACAUCAGCUGCCUUGAGAAGCCCUGUGGCUACUACUGUACUUAGAGCUCAGCCUGCAACAGUGGCGACGGCAAGAAGUCAGGCUCAGCAGAAACUGCAGGAAAAGAUUUUGAGUCAACUUAAAGCUUCUCAGUCACAUGACCAGUCAGAAAAGAAAUAAACAACUGACAUUGGGUUCUAAUUAGAUUACUUUAUUUCUUGUGGUAUUCAAUAUCCUGCAAGCAUGUUGUUAGCUAAAGGUACUUUGACAAAGAUGUAGUACAUGUAUUUUGUUAGAUUCAGGGCAAACCUUUGAUUUUUCUUUCUUUCAUUGUGUUAGGGAGUGCCAAAGUGAUAUUGUCAGAUUAACAAGUUUCCUGUUAUAAUUAUUUUUAUCAUACUAUUUUUUUUGUGUUAUGAAUAAUUAUGUAUACCAGUGUACAGUAUCAUAUGAAACAUAGGUGUGCUUAAGUUAAUUGUCUCUUACAUGGAUGGUUGGAGACCACUUGAAAUGUUUCUGAUCAGAAAAAUGCUAAUAAUGUACAACUUAAACUUAAAACUCUUCACUAAUGAUUUUACAUGACAUGCAAAUUUUCCAUUCUCUUCCUGUAAUGUGUAGCAAUCAAUGCUAUGGAUAUAGAUGUAUAUGUAUAAGUGAGGCCACAUGUUAGCAUACACAGCAAUUGAGGCAAGGAAAAUGUAUGUGAAUGAAGACUCUUACAAGGUAUAAGGUAUCACUAAAUGCACAUGGGCAGGCUACUAUUAGUGGUUCUAAAUAAUUAGAAGAGCAAAAUGAUAAUGAGACUUCCAUAUAGUACUGUGGAAAUGUGCACAACAUAUUCAUUAACACAAGCUUCUUGUCCCAAAUUACCAAACAUAUGUCUAAUAUACAUUUCAUUGUAUAUUGAUUAUGAUGGAGUUUAUCUUGCAGCUACAUGUACUUAUGUAUUGAUAUAGAUGUAACCUAAAAGAGAACUGUGAAAAGCAAUUCAUGUCAUUCUAUAUGAGCAUGUAUUCAAAUUACUAGUAAGCUACUACAGGCCUCAAUAUGUCAGCAGUACAGACUAUUGUAUAAAUGAUGAGGAAUAAAAGUAAUGUAUUGAUAAACUAGA